ACCCUGGAGAGAGGAGUGAACAUCACAGAGAGUGAACAAAAUCAGCUUAAUUAAUACCUCUCAGCAUCUUGUACACCUCUAUCAAGACACUUAGAGAAAAGACCUUAUUGUUUCAGCCUUUCUUCAAAAGACAUGGUCUCUAGACCAGGCAGUAUCCUGGUAAAUCUCCUAUACACACUUCCUAAAGCUUCCACAUCCUUCAGAUUAUGAGAUGAUCAGAACUCAACACAAUAUUCCAGGACUUUAUAGAACUGCAAUAUUACUUCAUGGCUCUUAAAGUCAAUCCUCUGACUAAUGAAGAUCCAAACAUCAGACUGAUGGAGAGGAGAUGCUCAAUGAAGCUAUCCCCAAAUUUCUGACAGGUCUCAUCAAUGUAGAGGAGGCCACAUUGGGAGCACCUGACACAAUAGUCAACCAGAGAAGAUUCACUGGUGAACAGUUGCCUCACCUGGAAGGACAUUUUGGGGCCCUGAUUGGUGAAAGAGGUGAAUGGACAGCAACUAUAACUGGUGUUUCAGGAGCUGUAGCUGCCAUCGCUUGUGAAAUUGGUAGAGCCGAUGCAGAGAAGAAUUGUCAAUCGAUCAGGAGACAAGUGAAAAGAGAAGAGGGGUACAUUUCAAAGUAUUCAAGGGAUCUGGAAUCCUGUAUCUCCCACAUCAAGGAGACAAAGAAAGAUAUUAACCAGACAGAAAAAAGAAUAAAAAUUGUGGAGGAUCAACUCGACAGCCUACAUGAGCUGCUGAACAAUCGCUUUGCGUUAGAUUACCUGCUGAAACACGGGACAGUUGCUCUCAAUGAACUGCUUGGUAAAGUGGAAGUGUUGAAGUUUCGCAGUGAGAAAUUCUGUAACGUGGAUGCACUGGUCAUUGUUCUCAAUGACAUCAUUGCCCACAUAUUAAAGCUGCCCAACCUGCUGGAUGGGAAGGUGCUGCAACUGGAGGCUUCCACUGUUGAAAUGCUGGAAUCUCUCAGUGGUCGGCUGAAGGCCAUUGAAUGGUCAGAUUCAGAUGUCAGUCAGUGGUGCUAAUGGUGAUGAGCACAGUAACUGUGUAUAUCAGAAUGUGCUACUACAGAUAACUGAUGUGAACCAAGCUUCCUGACUCUGUCUGUUCCUGUUCCUGGCAUUUCAUUCACUCAUUUGGAGUGAACUAGAAGAGGAACAAGCUCACAGAGUCCAGGUCACCAUCGACCACCCAGUUACAUUCAUCCUGAUGUAAUCUCAUUUUUGAAUCUCCUCACGUUCCCACCAAAUGUCUCCUUGAUUCCAAGUUUGAAGUCCAUUUAUUAUCAAAGUUUGUAUAUGUUACCAUACAUCGCCUUGAAUUUAAAGUUACUGACCUUCUCCAAUCUCCUCAUGAGGACUGACUCAUGGACCUCUGACUUCCUCCUGUAGUCAGUGCUUUGGAUUUUGCUGAUGUUGAGUGAGAGCUUGUUAUUAAUGCACCAUUCAACCAGAUUUUCAAACUCCCCUCUGUGUGACAAUUUAUCAUCACCUUUGAUUUGGCCAACAUCAGUAAAUUUAAAUGUGACAUUGGAGUUGUACUUGGCCACACAAUUAUCGGUUUAAUGUGACCUUUUACCUGUUCAAUGAUUCUACCACUUAUUGACCCUCCCAUAGCAAUUUCGAGUGAUUUCAGACCCUGAUUAAAACCCACCUCUCACAGUCAAUUGAACAGGAUUCACAGCACUGUCUGUGUUAUGUUGGGUUUCAGCUAAAGGCAUGGGGCUAUGAUGCUUAAAUUAGGAAUGUUGUGUCAGCCGAUCAGGAUGACAGAAUUUGGAGAUGGCUCUAGAGAAAACUGGGUAGAGAGAGAUUUGUGAUGGACACUGGUUCGUAGUCUUUUUGGUGGGAGAUUCAGUGAGGAUAUCAGGAAAGAAUAAUGGUCAUACCCAAGUUUCUGACAACAUGAGCUCCAACGCAUGUGCACAGUUGGAGUGGUUUAGUUGAAAUGAGCCCUUUUUUCCCCUUUUUGUCUCCUCUUC